UGGAUCAACACAUACACACAGAGGCACACGCACACAACCAAGCAAAGCGAGAUACACUAUAGUGUAGCAUAAACUAUGUAGUAGUAGUAGGGUACGGGAUGGAGCGCGAGCGUAAAGCAUGCAAUUGGGGUGGAUGGACAAACGAGCGUUAGAGUCGGAUUAGUUUUCCACCGUGCCUUCACGCCCGUACACCCGUUGGGAGCGUUCGCGUUUUCCUCUUCUCCCCUAUUCCUGUGUGUGUGUGUCUCCGUCUCGCUCGCACCUUUGGAGGACGGCCUAGGUGCAGCACACUCUAGGAGCAGAAGAGUAAAGGCGCAGGGACUGGUUGCAUGAUGAAUUAGAGGAGCAACGGCGACGACCACGACACGACAGGUUGUGGAAGUAGACAAGUGUGCGGAGAAGGGAAGGGGAAGGAGGUUUGUGUGUGCUGCACAACUGCUGGCCGCGCGGGACACCGAAUGGAGAAAGGAUGGCGGCGACUUCAUCGAACAACAGUAGUAGCAAUAGCAUCAGCCCCACCAAUAACAACAACAACAACAACAACAACGUGCACAUCGAAACAGAUGAGUUCAUCAAGAAGAGCCGGGUGACGCGGGCGGCCCCACCGAAACCGGCCUACGAUCCGCUACAGUUCGUGCAGAUCAAGCCGGCCAAGCUGUACGAUCCGAGCAAGGCGAACAACAAACCGUCGACCGAGCGGAAGCAGCAGGAGGUGAAGCCGCCCCGGGAGGUGGAGGACGCGGAGGAAUGGCAGUGCAAUCUGGACAAUUGGAAGUCGUCGCGCAGGAAACGGGUGGAGCACAUUAUCGACAAGAUUACCGAGGCGAAGAAGAUCGAGCAGGAGGAGGUGUGCCGGGCGCGCAAAAAGUCGAAAACGUUUUCGGAAAUGCUGGAAAACAGUGGAUCGCGCCGACGGUUCAUACUGCCGGAGAACGAGGAUGAUGACGAAGGGGCGAACUUUAGCAGCGACGAUCUGCAUGAUCCCACCGAUACCUCCAAGCAGCAGCAGCAGUACAAGGAUGAAUCGACGGACGAUCGCGCCACGGAUGACACGAGCAGCUGCUGCUCGUCCAAGCACGCCGACGGUGACUCGAAAGCGGCCGACGAGGAGCUGGACGAGCACGGUAGUGCGCGGGAAGUGCCGGAAAUGAAUGAAUUUUCGCUCGCCAUCGAAAACUACAAGUCCAAAUUUCCCAUGACACAGAGCACCAGCACCAGCACCACCAACGGCAGCAGCCGGGUGUCGGGUGUAUUAGGCAGCAGCAUUGUGACGACCGCCACGACGAGCUCGUCCGUAGUUAGCUCAAUUGAAAGCACUAGUAACGAUAAUUACGAAAGCAAUAAUAGCGCCGGCGAAGAGAGCGAUGUGGCAGAGGUGGAGCGCGUGACGCAGAAGCUGCAGUCCACCGGGCUGCUGGUGGAGGGGACACGACGCGACGAACGACGGUCCACCCCGCUGGUGACGGUGCAGCCGAUGGAGAGCAGAAUGCAGCUGCAGCAAGAGCAGGAGCAGGAGGAGCAGGAGGAGAAACAGGCAAAACAGCAAGAGCAGUGCCAGGAAGAACGUCCAAAGGUGAACGUCAUAGAGCGGCGAAGGUUGUUCGAACAGUUGCAGCAAAUGGCCCACACGACGACGCCAGCAGUGGCGGACACAACGCCCUCAGGUGUGGCAAAACUGACGCCACCGGCAACGUUUGCCGGAGGUCAGCAGGAACGCCCGCUAGAGGAAACCGGGGGCGAUGGCGAUUCCGGCACCUCCACCUCGGAAUGGCUGGCGGCGGGUAUCGCCAGCAUCCGGGAACGGAGGGCAAUAUUCGAGCGCUAUCAGUCGAACGAAAUGAUUGCGGAAGAGCAUGACCAGCAGUCGCAGCAACAGCAGCUUCUGGUGGGCGGUCGUAGCCGCAGCAGCAGCACAACGACGACGGUGGUCGUCAAGAGCCGGUCCGAAUCGAACGUUGGUUUCGUGAACGGAAGUACCGGGCGGUUCGAGCUGGCCCUGAACCAGCUGAAGCGCAAUGGGGGCGGUUCGUCCGACUGCUGCGAGGACAGUGGCAUCCAGUCGACGACGGACCUGUCCCGCAGCUCGGUGGUGUCGCAGGCGGACGAGAAUGAUCCGCCCUCGCUGUCGCUGCUGUCGCCGGACGAGAUGAUGCUGAUGGCGGGCAAGAGCCCGGCCCGCUCGACCACGCUCGAUUCGGCGAGCGAGUUUUCCGACACGGACUGCAGCAAUGGACAGCUGCUCGACAAUGCGCUCGAUGUGGCUUUCGAAGAGAUGGACAGUGAGCUGAACGAAUCCGGCACCGUAGAAGGAGCGCUCUCGCAGCGGGAACACGAACCGUCCGUCGCGCAACCGGCUGAAACCGAUAUCGUGCCGCUAAGCGUGAUCCCCUUGGCCACCGACUAUAUGCCAGCGAGCGAGGAACACCAACAGCAGCUGGUUCUGAUGGCGCUACCGCAAUCAAGCCUGACGCCACCGAAAGAAAAGCCUCCGCCGCCACCGGUCGAGGAGGAACCGACGGAGCAGGAGCUACUGCAAUCGCUGACGACACGCGGUGCGAUUAUCACGAGCUGGAUGGAGAAAGGAGCAGCAAUGCACACGCACGCCAAUGGGAACGGGCACCACGGGGAUGACCCAAACGCGGACGGGAUAGGGAUGAUGAUACACAACAGCGAUCAUCGGCAGCAACAGUAUGAGGAUGAACAGUGGAGAAGCUUGGAGAGUUAUGAAGUGGUCCAGCAGGUGGUACAUCAACAGCAGCAGCUACAGCAACAGCAGCAGGAGCAAGAGAAGGAGCAGGAGCGGGACAAAGAUCAGCACGAGAUGAUGGUGUAUAGUAAUCGAAUCGAACCGGCACUAGCGCAUCAUCUCCAGCAGCAGCAGCUGUACGAUCCUGGCGAACAUGAGGAAAUAGUCAGCGUAGAGCGGGAGCUGCUGCAGAUCGAGCAAGAGGAGCUGCAGCGAAGACGUGAGAAGCAAAUGUUUUACGAGAAGCUGACGAAAGCGGAUGCCGCCGCCGCUGCUGCUGGAACGCGAGCUGUAACGGAUCCGGCGCAACCUCUACCACCGCAACAUCAUCAUCAUCAUCAACCGCAGCAUUCGAAUCAAUUACAGCAGCAAUCUCAAACCGUACAGCAGUCUCCGCUCGUACAGUCGGUGCGUCAGGCGCCACCGCAGCAGCAGCAGCCGCAGCAACCGUACUACUACCCCCACCAUCACUCUCAUCAACCAUCGCACCUGCAUCACAACCUGCUGCACCAUCAUCGCGCUUCCAUGCCGGCCAUCGACAGCCGAUCGUUGCAGAACGUCAACUCGUACGCUUCGUACGACGCGCCGUUUCUGGACGAGGUGGUAAACUCCGGCUACGAGAUGGGCUCGCUGCAUCGGGAAUCGAUGCCGAACCUGUCGAACGUGGCCGCCUCCUCUUCCCAUCCCUCGUCGCUGUCAUCGUACGGUGAGGAGUUUUCGGCCAACUCGGCCGCCAGCUUCGACGGAUCCUGCUGGCCACCGGCUGUUGACCAUCAUCGGGGGCCGACGGGACACCCGGGUGCGGCAUUGUUUGAUAAACGUCCAGCGGUGGCUCCGCGGCCUGCGAUGAACGGCUCAUUGCCGCCCGGAGCUGCUGUGGGUGGUUAUCACGGUGGUGGUGGUGGUGGACAGCGAGUGUCCAACAGUAUGUUUGAGCAACAUCCCAAAGAUAAUAAACAAAAUACACAUCCAUCAGCGAUGGGGGUAAACCGUGGCCAGGGCGGCAGCAGCAGCAGCAGCAGUGGCGGUGGUGGUGGUGGAACUAAUCACAUGCCGUACGGGCAGCACUGGUUGGUGCAGGAGGCAGAGCAGAGGCGGAUCGAGCAGCAUCAAAAAAGCAGCACCAACAAUGCCAAACGGCCGUUGCCAAAGUUUGUCAUCGAUGCAAUUACCCAGCGGGUCCAAAAGCUAAACGCCGCCAGUCCGGAAAACUCGGACCGCAGCAAUUUAUCAGAGGACUCGGAUCUGGCAAUGAUAAACUCGAUGAAAAAUCAUCACCAUCAUCAUGCGUCGAUGCCUCCCCCGCCAUCGUCCCAUCAUCACCAUGCGCAUCUUCCCCAUCAGCAGCAGCAGCAGCAACCGCCUGCACUACCAGCACUUCCUCCACCGCAGCAGAAGUAUUCCAACACGAGCGACAAAGUGUUGAGCGUGAGCGGAAAGAAGGAAUGCUCCCAUUGCCGAAUAGAGUUGGGUAAGGGUGCGGCCAUGGCCAUCGAAAGCCUGGGAUUGUUCUAUCACAUCGAAUGCUUCAAGUGUUGCGUUUGUCACGUAAAGCUCGGGGACGGCACCAAUGGUAUAGAUGUACGCGUUAGAAAGUAUCGACUUCAUUGCCAAAACUGUUUCUCUAGUGAAGACGGUGUAAAGUUUAGUUGCGUUUAAGUACGCAGCGUCUGUCUGUCUGUGUGUGAGUGUGUAUGUGUGUGUGUAAGCCACCGAAACAAAUGGGUAACCGAAAAGUGGAAGUAGAGGCAGCAGAAGAAGAAGAUGUAAAAGAAAGCUACAAUAAUUUAUUACUCCCUCCUCACAUAUUUCCUCACCCACGCUCCCCGUGGAAAACGCAGCUCGGCGCGUAUUCCAUCCCCCUCCACACAACCACACUAAAACAAUUAUAUUUGUACGAAAAAGUUUAAUGCUACGUUUAUCACCUACUAUUACUGAUUACGAUGAUGAUUAUUAUUGAUUAUAUGUAUAUGAUUCUAGGUAUUUGUUCGUUUCAAUAAAGAAAAAGCAAUAACUGUGAAAAA